AUGCCAGAAAAUUUUUCGAGCUUCUCCGCCGGUGUCAUCGUUGGCGGAGCAUUUUCACUGUUCAUGCGUCAGUUCGUGAAGCAGUGCACUGUUCACGCGAAACAAUGCUACUGUUCACGUAACAGUGCUACUGUUCACGCGAAACAGUCAUUGUUCACGCAUUCCUGUUUGGGAAAUACUAUCUCCAUUCCAAGUUGUGCUCGAGGGCUUCGAAUUUUUGUGGUUGAUCCUGACACUAGUUCACUAUUGCACACAGCAACCAUACUUGAAGAUCAAUCUUAUAAAGUGACUACGAUUGAAUUCCCAAAUAUUGCAUUGUCAUUGAUUCAAGAAAAGGAGGACCAAUAUGACCUUGUCAUUGUUGAAGUUGACAUGCCAGAAAUGGAUGGAUUCACAUUUCUCAAGCACAUCAUACGUGAAACAGACAUCCCAAUUAUUUUGAUGUCUCAAAAGGCAAACUUGGAGAUGGGCAAGAGAGCUUUAGAAGGAGGAGCAUGCUUUUUUGAGACAAAACCAUUAAGGGUGAAGGAUCUCAUUAAUGUUUGGCAGCAUAUUUUCCACAAUAAAGUCAAAGCAAUGCUUGAAAAAGUGAACAAAAGAAGGCUUACAUAUCAAGAAGAGGAAUCUUUUACUGAACAAAACAAGAGAAAAUGCAGACAAGUCAAUAUGAAGGAGAAAAAGAAAGAAGAAGCUGAAGUUCACAUUAACAACUUGGAGCAAAAACAACGUUUAAUUUGGACCCCUCAGCUUCAUCUUAAAUUCCUUAAAGCUGUUGAUGCUUUGGGAGGUGAAAAGAAAGUAUAG